AUGGCCAAGAAUCGCGUCAAGAAGAGCUCCAAGAGCAAGAGCGCAAAGAAACCUGGCGUCCCUCCCAAGGCUUUGCCCGUGACACUUCUCUCCGGCUUCCUCGGCUCUGGAAAGACGACUCUUCUCCAGCACACCCUCCGCAGCGAACAUGGUCUUCGCAUCGCCGUCGUCGUGAACGACAUUGGAGCCAUCAACGUCGACGCUUCCCUCAUCAAAAAGACUCACCACCUCUCCAAGACCCAAGAAAAGGUCAUCGCUCUCCAGAACGGAUGCAUCUGCUGCACCCUCCGCGGCGACUUGCUCGAGGAGCUCGUCCGUCUUGCCCAGCUGCAGGAGUUUGACUACAUCAUCAUUGAGAGCAGUGGUAUCAGUGAACCUGAGCAAGUUGCUGAGACUUUUGACUCUCGUCUUGCUGAGCAGAUGGAUGCUAUGGGGUCGUUGGAGGGUGCUCCUGGUCUGGAUGAUGACAUGCUCAAGGUUCUUCGACAGCUCAAAGCCGCUGGUGGUCUUGAGAAGUUUGCCCGCCUCGACACCACUGUCACUGUCAUUGAUGCCUUCACCAUGCUGCACGACUUUGACACGGAGGAUCUGCUCUCGUCUCGUCGCGAUGAUGUUACGCCCGAGGAUGAACGAACUGUCUCGGACCUCAUGGUCGAUCAGAUUGAGUUUGCCGAUGUCAUCAUCCUCAACAAGGUCGACAUGAUCGACGCCAAGACCAAGCCUCGCCUGCUCGACCUCAUCCGUAAGCUCAACCACCGCGCCAAGAUCCUCGAAUCCAGCUACGGCAAAGUCGACGUCAAGCAGAUCGUCAACACUGGCAUGUUCAACCUCCAAGUCGCCCAGUCCGGCUACGGCUGGCUUCAGGACCUCCACGACAUGACCGUCCGCGAGGUCAACGGCCGCAACGUCCUCACCCCCAAGCCCGAGACGGAGGAAUACUCUGUCCGCAGCUGUAUCUACACUCGUCGUCGUCCUUUUCACCCUAGACGUCUUUGGGCUCUGGUGUAUGACAAGUUUAUCUUGCAGUUGGAGCAUCCUGAGGAAGAGGGUGACGAGGAAGACGACGAGGAAGAUGAAGAGGAUCUUGAGAUGGCUGACUAUCAAGACGCAGAGGAUGAUGAACAGAAGCUCGAUGAGGAUGAUGCCAUGCUCGACUCUGAGGAGCUCUUUACACCCGAGAACCCCGUCAUCCUCGCCAACAAGCGCAAGCACCCCAUCUUUGCCCGUCUUUUCCGCUCCAAGGGCGAGUUCUUCCUUGCUACCCGACCUCACCGCGCUGGAGAGUGGUCUCAGGCUGGUGCCAUGCUCACACUGACCGGCGGUCGCCCUUGGUUCUGUACUCUCCCCCCUGAGGAGUAUACCACUGGUGAUGAAGAGGUUGACAGCCUUGUUCAGCAUGACAUCAAGAAGGGUGGCGAGUGGGGAGAUCGUCGUCAGGAGCUUGUCUUUAUCGGCGAGAACCUAAACCACAAGGGUCUCGAGAAGCUGCUCGACGAGUGCCUUCUGACUGAUGAGGAGCACAGCAAGUGGGAGGCCGUGAUGCGCAACGACAAACUGAACGACGAGAAGAAGCGUGAGUCUUUGGAGGACCUGUUUGAAGAUGGCUUCCCUGACUGGCCCGAGGAUGACGAAGAUGAUGAGAAUCAUGAGGGACAUGAUCAUCCUCAUCCUCAUGGGCUUCGAUCGAUCAAGAAGCAUCUGCAGGAAGUGGACUAA